UGAUUUUCGGCGUCCGGUGGACGAGCGGGAAGCGAGAAGCGAUGAUGUGUGCGCAUUGGCUGCACCGAGCAGUAGGUCGUGUGGGCCUGCGUGCUGGUGGUGUGGGUGCCGUGGCUGGACGGGGUUGCAGGUGUGCGUCGAUAGCAGUAGGAGUAGUGCCAGGAAGAGAAAGAGCAGGAAGAAGGAUUGCAGGGUAUGGAACGCUGGCGUGUUGGACUCGCAACAAUGCACGUGGUCUGUGCGUGCAGCAGUCGAAACUGCACACGGCAGCCACUGACACGGCAGCAGAACACCCGGCCCCGGGGGCCACUGGAAUGAGGACACACACCUGUGGCGACAUGACUUUAUCCCUGGCAGACACCAGCGUCUCACUCACAGGCUGGAUGGCCUCAAAGCGCAUCAUUGGAGACGACCUUGUAUUUGCUGUCCUGCGCGAUCACUACGGAGCCGUGCAGUUGAAACUGACAGGCGAAGACGCAAUUGAUCGCGUCACCAACCUCCCGCUGGAGAGCACAAUUCAAGUGCAAGGGCGCGUCACCGCGAGACCUGCAGACAUGGUCAACCCAAAGAUGGCCAGUGGCGAUGUUGAGGUGCUGGUCAGCUCGCUCGCCGUCCUUGGGACCGCCACCAACCAGCCGUUUCAGAUUGGCACAGAGGGCUCCACGACACACAAACUGCCAAAGGAGGAUGUGCGACUGACACACCGCCCACUGGAUCUACGCCGUCCUGCCCUCCACAAUGCCAUCGUCACCCGCGCCCGCGUCGCCUCCGCCACGCGCCGCUUCCUCGAACACCACGGGUUUCUUGACAUUGAGACGCCAACGCUGUUCAAGCGGACGCCCGGUGGGGCUGCGGAGUUUCUUGUGCCGACGCAGAAGAAAGGCCUCUUCUAUGCGCUGGUGCAGAGCCCACAGCAGUACAAGCAGAUGCUCAUGGUUGGCGGUUUCGACAGGUACUACCAGUUUGCGCGCUGCUACCGCGACGAGGGAGGCCGUCUUGACCGCCAGCCAGAGUUUACCCAGAUUGAUCUUGAAAUGGCAUUUGUGACGCAAGAAGACGUGCUGCAGCUGACCGAGGCGCUUGUUGCUUCCAUGUGGAAAGAGGGCUGUGGCGUCGACAUUCCCACACCAUUCACUCGCAUGUCAUUCCACGACGCGAUGGCACAGUAUGGAAGCGACAAGCCGGACACGCGCUUCGACAUGAAGAUCACAGACGCCACCGACGUCUUCUCGCCGCAUGCCGUGCGCGUGUGGGAGCAGGCAAUGUCCCAUGGAGGAGCGAUUCGCGGCUUCAAGGCCGACAAGGCUGCGGCAUUGUUCACCCGCAAGAACAUGAAGUCGCUUGAAGAUUACGCCCGUGGCAUAGAGGGAGAGACGGUUGUGUUUGUGCACGUGGACGAUGACGGUAGCGUGCGUUCUUCCAUUUUCAAGGAUAUCGAUGAUGUUGACGUCGCCUCCGUGAAGCGAGCGCUCGUUGAUCGGUUUCAGGCAAAACCAGGCGACGCCAUCCUCCUCUCCGCCGCACAGCAGUCCAACCUGCUGCCAUUUCUCGGCAAGUUGCGGACGAAGGCGGCGUCCAUGCUCCAGGACGCGGGGCUGCAGCAGCUCGAUCCAAAGGACUUCCGGUUUCUGUGGGUGGUUGACUUCCCGCUCUUUGAGCCGCAUGAACUGGAAAAAGGCCGGCUGCAGGCGUGCCACCAUCCCUUCACUGCCCCGCACCCCGACGAUGCCGACCUGGUCCGCGCUGGUGGCGGCGCCGCAACACGCGCGCGUGCGCAACACUUUGAUGUUGUUGUGAAUGGCGUUGAGCUUGGUGGUGGCUCCAUCCGCGUCCAUGACCCGGACCUGCAGCUCCAUAUUCUCAAGGACAUCUUGCACGAGGACCCUGCUGUGUUUGAGCAGCUGCUUGGUGCACUGCGCUAUGGCGCACCUCCGCACGGCGGCAUCGCGUUGGGGUUUGACCGUGCCAUGCUGUGCAUGCUUGCUCAGACUGGCGCCGUCAGCCUGCGUGACACAAUGGCCUUCCCGAAAUCGUUUGCCGGCAAGGAGCUGAUGUCUGGCAGCCCAUCGGAAGUACCAAGGGAGGAUUUACUCACGUAUCAUGUUCAAACCGUAGAUUCGCCACCGUGAGUGUGUGUGUGUGUGUUCAUGUGUGUGUUUGUAUCUGUAAUUGUGUUCGCAGUUCACAUUAGACGUUUGAGCUCGA